AUGAAAGCCCCGAGGGAAGAGCAGGAGAUAGUAUCGUCCGCGUCGGAGACGGACGGGGAAUCCCAGCCCCCACCUCAGAAGAGCGCGAGGACGGCCCUUGCUCCAAUUCACGACGUCGUGCAAGCGACGGAGCCGGUUGAGCCCUCUCCAGGCGCUUCCUCCUUCUCUGCUGUCUUCCCCAGGGCUUACAUCGUGCCCAGCACGCCCUUCCCUGAUGCUGGCCCAUCCACGCUGGCUCUGACUGCUGUGCUGGAAGACAACGGCAGCGUCUGUCUUGUCGACGGUUGCGCUGAGCGACUGUAUGUGAGCGCGCAGGACAAGGCGGUCUCGCACCUCGGCACACAUCCCAAACAGUUCAUUGUCGGACGACCGUGCGUGGUGGCGGGAUAUGACACCACCUGCAAAACCGCACAGAUGAUCGGUCAUCACUAUGUGACGACCAACCUGCAUGCGAAGACGUGGUGCAUGUAUUGUGGCAAGGACUUCAGUCAGUCGGACGCCGCGUUCUCACAGCAGGCUCUCUGUCCACCACCUGCCCCCAUGUGA